CCGGUAGCUCCCGGUAAAAGCGACGGGAUCUCUGCUUCGGCAAGGCCACGCUGCUGUGCACCCGAGCGGAGACAGCCUGGGGGAAGGAAGGGAGCUCUCCCCCCAAUUCGCCUGGCUAGGGUUUCCGCCGGCGGCGAUGGGUGCUCUCACCGACAGCCGCAAGCGCGUCUCCGCCGACCACCGCCUCCUUCCCUCCUUCCCUUCCUCCGCUCCAUCUCCCUCCAAGAAACCCAAGCUCUCACCCCUUCUCCCCACCGCCCCUCCCCCGCCUCUCCCCUCGUCUUCUCACAUCCCCUCGUCGACUUCGUUGCCCCAUAGCCGCCACCGCCGCCUUCCCCCGCCACCGCCGGUCCAGCGCUCCAUCCAUGCCCCCCUGCGACGCAUCCGUGCCUUCCGCCUCGGAAAUACCCGCUCCAACUCCGAUCCAUCGUCGUAUUCUCCGUCCCCGCCACCACAACCUCUCGGCCUCGACCAGUACGUCGACCUCGUCAAUAGUGUCACCCACCCCCCGCCGCUUACCCCCCCCGCUUAUGUGCCGAGAGGGGCGAAAGCUACCGUCGAGGUGGUCGCCGUCGAUGACCUUGGAGAUAUAAAGCAGGACGAAGAGGAGCGAGAUGAGGAGGACGAGGUGAAGGGUGAGGUGGUAGUGAGGAAGGUGCCUCUGUACAAGGAUCUGUAUGAGGCGUCCAGCCGGCAGCGGGACCAUAGGCUCGGGAUACUUGAGUUUGAGGUGCGUCUUGCCGAGAAGGGCCGACUUGGACUUGAGGGGCUCAAUGAGGCCCGGCCGCAAAUCACGCCCAACAAAAAGGUGGUGCCGGAACCUUUUGUUCCUCUAACGGACAAGGAUGAGGACAGUGUUCGUCGUGCUCUUGGUGGCAAGAAUAGACGUGAGAUUCUAUCGGAGCAUAAAGCUUCAAACAUUGUCAUAACAAGAGAGAUCUUGCAGUGCUUGAAUGAUAAACACUGGCUAAAUGAUGAGGUCAUAAAUUUGUAUCUUGAGCUUCUGAAGGAGCGGGAACUGAGAGAGCCUAGCAAAUUUAUAAAAUGCCACUUCUUCAACACCUUUUUCUACAAGAAGCUGAUUAAUGGUGGGUAUGACUAUAAAGCCGUAAGGAGAUGGACAAUGAAAAGGAAGUUAGGGUACAACCUAAUUGACUGUGAUGAGAUUUUCGUUCCUAUUCACAAGGAAGUGCAUUGGUGUUUAGCUAUCAUCAACAUAAGGGACAAAAAGUUUCAGUAUCUGGAUUCACUUGGCAGCAUGGACAUGAAGGCCCUGAAAAUCAUAGCCAGAUAUCUUGGAGAUGAGGUAAAAGACAAGAAUGGCAAACAGAUUGAUGUUCUUUCAUGGAAGCAUGAAGGAGUCCAAAACCUUCCUCUGCAGGAGAAUGGAUGGGAUUGUGGCAUGUUCAUGCUCAAAUACAUUGACUUCCACAGCAGAGAUAUGGGCCUUACUUUUGGGCAGAAACACAUGCCUUAUUUUCGUCAGAGGACUGCCAAGGAAAUAUUGAAUUUGAGGGCUGGAUAAUGCAGAGGCGCAUCAUAGGUAUAAACAAAAGGAAUGUGCAAACUGGAGGCAAGUGUAUGUACUUAAUAGAAUGCAGCUAUGUCUUCCCUGGAGUACCAAAUGCAAGGAUUUCCGAAGCCCAGGGGUUCAAACCAGUCAUCCUGCAAGGAUCAAGCCUUAAGAAUAGUUUGCAGGUGAAUUGGCUGCCACAAUGGAUGUUCUUGGCGCAGAAAGCCAUUAGCUAACGGAAAGGGUGUUGCAAACUUGCAAUCGUCGUGUUGUGUCCGUCUGUUAGACUGCAGAGUCACUGAGAGUUGAAAGGAGGGUAUGGUUGGAACUCAUUUAAUGGGCAUGCCUAUUUAAUGACUGGUUACAGACUUUGA